AAUUUUUAGAUUACGUAGGUUGCAUUUGCUUUUACGUAUGUAUUCUCCGUUUAAAUGGCCUUCGAACUAAAAGCACAAGAUGUUGAUGUUUUACAAGCUAUGAGCUUUGCUCCUGUAAUAUAUAUGGGACGUGUUGUUGCCGACGUUACAUCAGUUGAUGGCGGUCAGUCGUUGUGAAACUUGUAUGUAUGAUGUUGCAUCACUUGAUGGACAUAGAUCGCAGUGUGGAAAAAUUUUGGGUUUAUGUUGGCUGUCCCUUAUUGGCUAAAUGUCGUCAGCCAUCUUCGCGAUAAUCAACGUAACGACCGCUGACCACUGUUUCAUCCUGCUCACCGAGUACAGAAAAUUGAACUGAAAUUUAUCUAUUUACACUUGCCUCUUCCAUUGGUGACGUCGCAUUGACCGUACGCAUCACAUGAUCUUUCGAGCGACAACCUUUAUAAAAUGAAAUCCCGUGAAAAUGUGUAGCAAACAUCGUCUGCCACUCCCCUGCCUAUCGGAAAAAUUAUUUUUGGAGAAAGUUCUGCGAGCAAAGCAAGUAAUUAACGAAUUACGAUGACCAAGUUAAGUACCUGCAAACUGAAGGAAAAUGGAGAGGACAGGAAGGCAUCACUCAAAGGCACGUCGGGACGGUAUGUUAAAAAAAAAGUCGAGGAUUGGUCUAGCUAUUUCGACAUUUUCUGGCGUUAAACUGUUCUCAUGAAAUAUCAUGAGGCAUGCAUACUAUAUUCCGACAUCAUUCAUUUCAUCAUUCAACUUCACUAUAAUUACUUGUGUGACUUUGUACUUUGUGAUUCGUGAUGUUCAUACCACAUGUGUAGUAAAUAUGUUUUGUUUAUAUUAUGGCUUGUGUAAUGUUACACCGCGUGCAUCACGUGCCCUGUAAGCAUCCAUGUGGCCUACUAUAUAUACUACGUGUCGUUUGUGGUGAGGUCUCAAAGCCGAAUUACGAUCUUCCGUCGUAAAUAAUUGUACUACACUUUCCAUUUGUAAUUUCCACAAAAUCGACGAACGCCGAACUGACAUUAAACAAUGGUUAGUCAGGACUGCGGAUUAGUUAACAACGGACAAGAUGAUGUAUUUGUCGUCGACUCAGCCCCAAAUGAAAACGGCUCCGUGAAUACUCAGACGCCGGUAAUGAAGAAUGCUGUGAGUGUUACCAUUGAAUCGAAGGAUGACCAGGAGCGCGAUUCUUGGGGCAACAAAUUUGAAUUCCUGCUCGCCACCAUUGGCUUUGCUGUUGGCCUCGGAAAUGUUUGGCGUUUUCCAUAUUUGUGUCAGAAAAAUGGCGGAGGUGCAUUCCUUAUACCGUAUUUUCUAUCCCUCUUUGUCCUCGGCAUCCCCAUCUUUCUCAUCGAACUCGGUAUUGGACAACGUCUGCGUGCCGGCGCUGUCGGAGCCUGGAGCCAAGUGAGUCCCUUCUUGGGCGGUAUAGGUGUGACGUCGAUCGUCUGCUCCACCUUAAUCUGUAUCUACUACAACAUGAUCGUUGCCUGGUGCUUCUAUUAUCUGUUCAUAUCCUUUCAAGAUCCCCUUCCAUACGAACACUGCCCCAUAACUUCAGGCGGUAACCUAACCGAUCCUGAAUGCCAACGGGCCGGAGCGACGUCGUAUUACUGGUAUCGUAAGACGUUGGAUCUUUCACCUUCCAUUGCAGAGUCCGGUCACAUCCAAUGGCAUCUUGCUCUAGUCUUGUUACUCGCAUGGCUUGUGGUAUUCUUAUGUACGAUGAAGGGUGUGAAAUCGACGGGAAAGGCAGUUUACGUAACUGCAUUAUUCCCGUACGUGGUUCUUGUGAUAUUUUUCAUCCGGGCAAUCACUUUAGACGGCGCCGUUGGGGGACUGAAAAGGAUGUUUACACCGAAGUUUGAAACACUCGCCAACGGUAGAGUAUGGCUCGAAGCAGCUACGCAGAUCUUCUUUUCGUUAAGUCUAUCGUUUGGUGGCCUCAUUGCCAUGUCUAGUUAUAAUCCAGUAAAAAACAACUGCAAAAAAGACGCCAUCAUGGUUUCGUUAAUAAACUGCGGCACGUCCGUGUUUGCAAGCGUUGUUGUUUUUAGUGUUCUUGGAUUCAAGGCAAAGACUGCACGUGACGAAUGUAUUGAGUCUCUUCAGUACAGCAUAUCUGACAAUAAGACUUGUAAAAGCUUAGAUGAUUACCUCAGUGACGUUGCCCAAGGUACGGGAUUAUCAUUCAUUGCGUUUACGGAAGCUAUAACCAAGAUGCCAGCACCUCAAGCUUGGUCGGUAUUGUUCUUCUGUAUGUUGCUCACUUUGGGAUUGGGUAGCAUGUUCGGAAAUGUCGCUGGUAUUGUCACACCAAUUAGGGAUCUCGGUUUAGUCAAAAUAAAGAAGGAAUACUUGACUGGUAUGAUAUUUCUGACACCACAAUGA